UUACUACUCACAGUCAGCUCACAGAGAUAUGUUCUACAUGUGCAUGAUACAUCAGCAAAACAAAAGACAAGCCAACUCACAUUUGAACUAAUGGAGAAGAAGUACAACUAUGUCAAGGAUGUUCUGUUUCUGACCAUAAUUGGUGUUUGUGGAGAUGCUGGUGGAGAUGAGAAGCAAGAUUGUCUUCUCUUCUUACACAAAUACCCAUGGAUGCUUGUUAUGGACUGCAGGAGUCAUCAGGUACAUAUCAUU